AUGCAUUACCUUCAUAUCAAGAACAGAUCCAACCACCCCCAGACCUUCCAGUGUCAUGGCUUCAACAAGGACAAGGACUUGACCAUUCAGGCCAAUGGCGAAGCUAGGAUCGAAGCCCCGGAUGGUACCAGCGGAGCCAUCAUUGCUGUCCACGACAACCAAAUCGGCGAGCAAUGCGAAAUUACCAAGUGCGGCUACAUGGGUAACGACACCAUUGACAUCAGCAACAUUGUCGGGGCGGGCGGCAACAUGACCUGCCAACAGGUUGGGGACCCCCCUGGAAAAUUCAAGGGCCACGAGACUUUUAUGCAGGCAUGCAACCAAGCCUAUCACAAGCUCCCCCAAGACAAGAAGAACCAACUCAAGGGCCACGUCUUCCUCGACAGCAAGGGAAACGUCAAGCGCAUUGGCCCCCCGAAGAACUUCAGGCCCCUGGAGGAGUUCGUGAGAACCUUUGCGAAUGGCCGCACCUACAUUGGCGUUGGUGCUUGGGGACCGCAUGCUGGUAAUCCUGCCGACAACGAGCAGAGCAAAGCUGGCAAAGGCAGUAAGGACAUUCUCAUCGUCUACAGCGACGGCAAUGCUGCCCCCGACCCUUCCAAGCCGUUCACCGGCCAGUCGGUCGACGCGAACGCAUUCACCGUACUGAGCGUAGCCCCGCAAGACGUGCUCGCGCUCGGCACGCCCGAGGAGGAGGCGGCGGCGGCGGCGAACGGCAACGGGGACGCGGCCAACGCCUUCGGGGUAUUGGCGGCUGCGCCGCCGCUGGGGCCGGGGAUCCAGCUGACGAACAAGUCGCCGCGGAAGAACACGUACUUCUUCUACGACAACUACUGGAACGGCAACGGGGAGGCGGGGGCGAACUUCGACCGGCCGCUGAAGCACGUCGAGGUGGGGCCGAACCAGACGGUGCACGUGGCGCUGGACGUCAAGUUCAAGGGCCGGGUGCAGCGCGGCGACCAGCUGCCGGCGACGUGGGGCGAGUUCCAGGUCCGCGCCGCCGACGACGGCCGCGCCCACGGCGACAUCUCGCUGCAGCAGGGCUGCGACGGCGCGGCCACCGUCGCCGCCACCGACGGCUCCCGCGUGUCCAACGGCUUCACCCAGGACAUCGUCAAGGGCGCCCCCGCCGCCGCCGUCGAGAAGAAGCCGAACGGCGAGCGCGCCCUCGCCAGCACCGAGGGCAACUGGAAGGGCCCUGGCAACCAGGCCGCGACCGACUGGGAGUACAAGCAGCUCGGCAGCGAGAAGGCGUACAUCAAGGGCGGCUCCGGCGUCCCCGACGUCGCUAGCAAGAACAAUUGCCUCCACUUCACCUUCUAUGUUCCCUAGAGGCAGGGCGCGGACGUGGUACUGGUCCUAAUUGCGGGAGCGCUGUCGGUCUGGGCGAACAAGGGAGGAGGGUAGAAUGGAAGUGGCCGGAUCGGCCCGAACAGGCCCGUUGGCAGGCCUAAAAUAGAGCGACGGAACUGAGACAGGGAGGUAGGUCGGAUGGUUACUAUGGCAGGAUGCUCUUGUAGGAUAUUAUCUAUUAGACUCAACCCUGGCAAUCGUUUACUCACGCUGUCUGUCUGCGCUUCGAGGCCGAAAGCCGCCAAGCCCGACAUGGACACCUUUCUUGUCGUAUGCCGUGUGCCUAUAUGACUCCGAUUCUAUCAGCUUCAAGGUCUUAUUAGUAGGUAGUUGUUGUCGCAAUGUUGAACCUUGCCUUCACUAAGCGUAAGUAGUAACAUUAUACCCCACACCCUCUCGCCCCCCCAUCGCGCGUUUCCUUGAAUAGGGGUAAGGGAUAAGGGGUUAAGGCUUGGCAGGGUGCCUUCGCAGCUUAACGCAUUACCAAGCCUUCGCG